AUGGAUAAAAAAAAAGCUAACAAAAAUAUUGAUAGUAAAUUAUUUAAAUCUUCAUCAAAUACAAUUCAUUCCAAACAAACUGAUAGUGACGAUGCUGAUGACGAUGAAGCAAUAAGUGUUGAUGAUAAUGAAGAAGUACAUGAAGAUGUUAGUGACGAUGAUUAUGAUAUAUUAUCUGAUGAAAAUGUAUCGGAUAUUAGUGAUGAUGAUGAUGAUGAAGUUAAAGACGACGAUGAAGAUUUAUCACCACUAAAUGGUAGCAAACAACGCCAAAAUGAUGAACAAACAAUUAUUGGUAUUACUGCUAAUCCCAGUGACUUAUCGUCAAUCGUUUAUAAUUUAUUACUACGUGUUAGAAGAUUAAUUAAAUUUAUUCGAACAUCAAGUGUACUUGAUCGUUAUAUUCGAAAUCAAAUAUGA